AUGUUCAAGGGUAAACCUAGCGACAUGGACGAGAUGGAUUCACACGCACCGCCUCCACCUCCGCCAACCACAGCACCUCCGCCUCCGCCUGUAGCUUCAGAACCCGGUGUAGACACCCCGGCGAGCCAAUCUAGCUAUGGAUACUCCAGCCAGUCGACAAUGGGACAGGAGCCCGAGAUAGUAGAAGCACAUGAGGAGGAGAGACCAACAGACAGCCAUCACCUGGCAGACAUGGCUGCCAAGGAGAAGCCGAUCGAGGAGAAGGGGCACGCCGAGCUUGACCACGAUCAUGUUGAAGUGAAGAACUUGGGAUGGAACAACCCGCCCAGCAAGGUUGCGCAGCCCAUGGUUGGCGGUCUGAGCAACGAGGAUCUCUGGAUAUUGGUUCGACGAUUUGACAAGCAAAUCUUCCAUGUCAAGUCGAUUCCCGAGCCACCGCUUGCAAACCUGGACAUGAACAUCGCCGACGAGGAGGAGUUCUCGCCUGAUAAACUCCGCGCCCAUGUCGAGCGCUUGUACAUGACUGUUGUUGUUGGCUUAUUCUCUUUCUGGAAGCAUAUUGUCCGUCUUCGUUCAUGGCGCGAGUACAAGCGCACCUCACUUUUCCUCGCAGUCUACUCCAUCGCCUGGAUCUUCGAUUACGUCGUCCCCGUCUUCGCCAGCUUCCUCAUCGUACUCAUCCUCGUCCCGCAAUCGCGAGACUUUUGUUUCCCUCCCGCCCCCGCUUCCCUCAUCGACAGCAAGACCGGCGGUGUCAAGAAACCCGCAUCCGGCGUCCUCGCGUCCGAUGACUCGAUUACCGGCGCACCCGAGAAGCACGCAGGAGAGGCUGUGGAACAGGAGGCGUCGAGCUUCGUGAACAGCAUCUCAUCGCUGAUCAUCAGCACGGCGGCGGGAAAACAUCCUCAAGGCGAUCCCCACGACGACUCUUCUGUCCCCGACCCUACUAACAUGACCCAAGAUGUCGUCAAUGCCAAGGAUAAGACGGACGGCAAGGAACCCACUUCCCACCACGACAAGACCAAGAAGCCUGUUCACGAGUCCGUUUGGGUCAAGGCUAGGCCUGUGAUGCAUGGCAUCGCCGACUUCGUCGAUACCUGGGAGCGUUUCGGAAACGCCCUGAGCCCAACUCCACCAUUCCCUCAGCAGAGACCCCGUCUUGUCCUUGCUAGCGUUAUCUUGCCACUGCUACUCGUCUCUUUGUUUACAACCUCGUACAUGGUGGUCAAAGGCACCGGGUUUGUGGUUGGAUUCACCAUCUUUGGAGACCCCAUCAUCCAAAGAGGCCUGGUGUUUAUCAACCGCACCUACCCUCAAUGGCAGAAGUAUGUUGAAUUGCGAAACACCAUUCUCAAGGGCAUUCCCACCAAUGCCCAAGUCACCAUCACACUCCUACGUAUCGGCGAGCGGAACAAAGCCCCGCUUCCACCUCCGCCAAAGUCCGAUGUACCGCCACCUGAUGAACCUCAUGCAACCGCUGGCCAGGACCUGGAGCAUCUCGGCGUAGAUCAAGCAGAAAUAGACGAAGCCAUUCAGCCCGACGAGGCAGCUUUGGCGCCAGCUGAAUCGGAAACGGCAGAGCACAAGCAGAAGAAGGGCCAUCGUAUCAUAAACUUCAUCAAGAGCACCGCCAAGGGCGGCAUCAACACCACUCUCGCUGCGGACAAGGUAAAAGCCAAGGUCGGCGCUAAACACGCAAAGGACAGGCUGGGCGUCGUCAAGAAGACGCCUGAUCCCGAGAAGGGUCCCGUCCGCUUCCCCGCGCGCUGGAAGGGCAAGAGGGGGCAUGCUUAUAUCACGACUACAGCCACGACCCCCGCGCUCAGUUGGACGACGGAGUCAGAUGACUUGAGUCCGACGUGGACUGUCACAAUUGGUGACAUUGAGCAAAUUCGCAAGGUUGGCGGGCUUGGUUGGAAGUCCAAGAUCUUUGUCGGCUGGGCUACCGAUCGUGAGAUUGCAGACGGCCUGAUUGUGACGGAUAGCAUGGGCAAGGAGUACCAUCUUACUGCUAUCAUUUCGAGAGAUGAACUCUUUAAUCGUCUCGUGGCCUUAGGUUCGCAGAUGUGGGAGGCCUGGUAA